UAGCGGUACAAUUGGCAUGAAAUGAGCAACUCCAAUUGGAAGAUCUCGAUUGAAUUACCACAUCGACAAGCAGACAAUGCAACAAGCAAAUCCAUGGGGCAUGGAGAACGUCGUGACGUUCUUUUAACUCUCUCCUCUGAUUCAUGACAACGACGUUAUCAAACAAAAAUAAAUGCAAAGCAAGACAAGAAAAUACGCGCAAAUACCUGUUGUGUUGUUAAGCUUUUUUAUUUGCGUUAACAACACGGUGAGAUGGUUCGCCACCAGCCUGCUAGUUGGAGCCAUAACCAACUGCCGUUUUGAGCGAAAAAAACAGUCAGCGAACGCUACUCAAAGCCAACGGUUUGGUACGAAAACAACCGGAGAAAAGCUUCGACACAAAAGUGUUUCCGCCACGAGCUAAACGCUCCUUAAAAAACAUGAUGAAAAAUUUACUUAAAAAAUAAGAAAAACUUUAACAUUUCCCUUUUCAACAAGCAACAAAAAGUAAUCAUAACGUAAUAGCCGCAUUACAUAACUUAAGAAACAGCCUUGGAACUGAAAUCUUUAAAAAUCUAAUUGGCACACAUAAAUAAACACCAACAAAGUGCGCAUCAGUGCCCCUGCUUUGGAGUCUGUAAGUAAAGAUGCUGCUUCAUUAACGAAAUCAAGAAGCAAACAAGCUACACCAAUUUUCAUUUAACUCACUCAUGGUGAAUAGUAUUGAAAGCCGUUAGACAAAUAAAAACAAAACAACAUUCCACACUUUGUGUGUGUGCGUGUCAAUGAUAAAAAACAAAACACACAAAAAAAACCAAUAAAAUAUUAAACAAACUUAUGUACCUACUUACUUACAUGAAUGCGCAUACAUACUGAUAAAAGUAAAUAAACAAUCAAAUAGGUAGCGCCACACCGCAAAAUGCCGAACAGUCGACAGUACAUACAGCCGAAACAGAAGUGUCAUCGAAAUUGCCAGCAAUCGCAACAGAAGCAACCACAACAAGCACUCGCUCAGCAGCACUCAGUUUCGGGCAAAUAUGUCAAACGUUGUGAAGGCCGUUCAAAUCAGCUGAUUGCUUUAAUGAUUAUUUUAAUAGGAAUAAUAAAAACUACAACCGCAUUACCUGAUGGCACUGUAGCAUCAUCCACUAGCGGUGCUCUCAACGGCGAUAUUCGUGAAGAUAAUGCCGAAACUGCUAGCUACCAGAACAAUGACAUAAUCGGAGAAAUUGUAGAAGAAAUAGACUUGGAUAAUGGUCCUACCGGCGACGGAAACAUCGGUACACAAUAUCGAAAUGGAUUUCAUACAAAAUUCUCUUCUGUAGAUAAAGAAGUAGUUGAUCAUUUAAUCAAACAAUGGGCACCGAUUGUAUGGUUGGCACCAGAGGAAAAAUUCAUGCCACUCGGUGUAGAUGAAUUUCUAAACCAUGUACAUCCCAGAGAUAAAGGCAAAACAUUUAUACCAGGCAUGCCAAUUGGGGACGAUUCGAAAAAGGCAUAUUUGGUGACCAAUGAAGAGAUAGACGAACUUUUAGAAAAUGAGAAGUCUUUUAUCUACGGUCGUAAUCCAAACGAAUCACCAGUGCCAAUUUAUGCAGUGGUUACGCUUUGUAACGCACCGAGGCGAAAAACUGUCACAAAGCUGACGCCAGCAGCUCCACCAACAGCACCCCCCACAUCACCAUUUAAUGGUUUGCAACAAAAGUUGCUAGUUUCCGCAACUCAACAAUUUUUGCCCAGUUCAACGUCUACGUUGGCAUCCACAAUCCCAAUAAGCAGCACACGUGGACCUUACAUUCCCGUCUCAAUCGAUCCAUUGGAUGUGCGCAAUGACACAGUACGCCGUUCGUCACGACUGUACCCUGUCUUCAAACGUGUGCGACGCAAUAGUUUACGUUUGGUCGAAAAGGAAUAUAAUUUACCAUUAUCACCGCCAAUCGUGCUCAAUUUACCGCCAAAAGGUUUAGUUGUAGAGCCUUAUAGCGAUCUUGUCUUGGGUGAGAGCAGUCCAGUUGCUGCAGAGCAGUCAACUGGCGCAGCUGACGUGACUACUACCGAUUCACCAAUACAAGCAGACAGUAGCGGUCAAGUUAACAAUUUCAUUGCCAAUUUGGUGGACAAUGUUAAAUUCAGUAUGCCUGUUGAUGACAUGUUGGAGGACAAUAGCAUUGAUGUAGGAAGCAGUUUUGAUCAUCUUGUGACAAAUAAUGCUGGUGAAAGACAGAAACUGCGUAAUAAGAUGCCCAGCUUUCAUGUGACGUACUGGAUGUUUUAUCCAUAUAGUCAAGGCAAAACAAUGUGUACACUGAGCCUAGGGCCGCUCGGCAGCAUUCCAUUUCCGGCUGUAUAUGGAUUCUGUUUAGGGCGUCGCAAAGAUAUUGGCAGUCACAUUGGUGACUGGGAACAUAUGAGCUUAUAUUUCACUGGCGAUGCUGAGCCGGAAGCGAUGUACGUAUCGGCUCAUGAUGCAGGCGCGUAUUACUCAUACAAUCGUCUAACCGGAUCAUUUGAGUUUAAGAAACAGGAAACUCGUAAAGGCAUAUUACAGAGGCCAAAUUUUCCGAAAACUGUGACGACAUUUAAUAAUCAUCCAGUACUUUUUGCGGCAAAAGGUUCCCAUGGUCUGUGGACGGCACCAGGAAAACAUCGUUUUGUCAAAGUAGCGCGACUCUAUGACAUAAAUGGAUUUGGCACACCAUGGAACACAUGGAAAUCGGUGGAUAUUUCAUAUGAAAACCUAAAAUCUUACGGACGCGCUUUGGUGCCAUCAUGGUUAUCAUUCAAAGGUAAAUGGGGUAAUCCCAAAAGUAAAUGCCAUCCAUUUCGACGAAUCGGUUUAAAUUUUUGCGAAUACACCGAUGGCCCCACUGGCAUACCAUUAAAAGAGCCGCAUUUCCAAUGUGGUGCAGCUUAACAAUAUGGACUUGUUUUAUAUCUUAUUAAGUAUAGACUAGUUAAUUUUAAUAUUUAUUACAAGAAUGUAUUAUAUUUACAGAAACUGUACUGUGCACUGAAACAAUAAUUGUGUUAAAAUAUUUUUUUAUGAUA